GAAACAAAUUUGAAUUUCAACGGAAAAAUAUCGCCAUCAUCCCGCUUUCCAUUUUUGCUGAAUUUCAAAUUUCACUUCAUUUUCGCCAGAGUUUUUCAGUUCCAUUUCUGCUCAAUUUCAUUGUAUAAAUUGCCGCCCACUUCCAUUUCCGAAACUCGCCAUUUCACCUUCCUUCUCGGCAACUCCUUCUUCAUCUGAACCCCUAGAUUCACAAAUACUCACACUAAAAAGGGGGGAAAACUUGUCCGUUGAUUCUGCUUAUUACUCGUCUGAAAUUUCCUUGCUUUCACCAAACGAAGUAAUCGGAUAGAUCCCAGAGAGUUUUCGAAGUUAUUCGACAAAAUGCCUGAAUCGAGAGAUCGGCUGUCGAGGCAAGACAGCAUCAUAGCAUCUUACAGCCGAAGGCGAGUUUCAAGAGCUGGUGAUUGGAAUAAUGGAAGGGGAAAUCCGAUAGCUUUUGUUCUUGAAGAUGAUAAUGAAGAAGGGCAGAAUGCAGGAACACCAUUCCGGUGGAGAGAUACCACGAUGGCCGGGAAUCCCGGAUCAGCUGGAGUAGCUGCUGGAGGUGCUUUUGGGACCCCAAGAAUUAGGCCUCGAAACUUGUCACCGGUGGUGGGAAGUGGUCGUAGCCGUGGAGGUGCCUUUGGGACUCCGAGAAUUAGGCGCAUUGCGCGGCUGGCAGGAUCGGAGAACUUGUCACCGGUGGUGGGAAGUGGCCGCGGAGGCGGAGGUGCAUUGCCUGCUUGGUAUCCCAGAAGGCCUCUCAAUGACAUCACUGCUGUAGUGAGGGCAAUUGAAAGAAGAAGAGAGCGAGGAGGAGAUGGUGAAGGCCUACAAACCAUCCAAGAUAGGACAUCUAAUGAUCAAGCAAGCACACCAAGAGCUCAUCUUGAGCACAACAAAGCUAUGAUUUCGCCACUACUGGCGUUUUCAAAUAGGUGUUUCCCGCCAAGCAUAGGCAAAGUUCCAAAGAUAUUGCUCGAUAUCACACAUCACAAGGGAGGCGCAACUUGUUUGACACCACAGAAGACGCUCUUGAACAGCAUAGAUGCAGUCGAGAAGGUGGUGAUGGAGGAGCUUCGGAAGAUGAAGAGGACUCCCUCUGCCAAGAAAGCUGAGAGGGAGAAAAGGGUCCGCACAUUGAUGUCCAUGCGCUGAUGAGAGAAAGCUCGUUUAGACUCGACCAAGCUCGUUUGGACUCAACCAAGGUUGAGAUUGCAGGAUUUUGAUAUGGGGGACAUGGCUGAUGAUCAUCAACUGAUGAUGAUCCAACUCGGGUCGGUGUCAUUUCUUGAUGACGAGAUACCAGUUGUGUUGAUAUAUUUGUAGCUUUUCUCAUGCUGCAAAUCACAUUUCAUACUCAUUUAUUGAAUGUGUCGUUAGGGUCAGUUUGGCAGAAACAGAUUCAUAUUCAUUGCAUAUGAAAUUGAUUCUCGAUAAAGAUGUAAAUAAAGGCUUCAUAGCUACUUUUCGUAGAACAUGAAUGUUUAAACAUCAAUUUUCUGACUUUAGUUAAAUGUUUGCUUAUUCUGUA